AUGGAAGAGGCGCCCCGCUACAGGCUCGUACUACCGGGCGACCGGAUACCUUACCCCGUACAAGUGGACGUCUUUGAAACAAUGUUGCGCGGAUUCGGAGAAAAAGCCAACGUCAUGAUAGAAGCUCCUACCGGAUCGGGCAAGACAAUGGCCAUGCUCGGAGCCGUUCGCGAAUGGAUAACGACACGACCCAGCGGCAAAAUCUACCUCUGCUCUAGAACGCACCAACAGCUCGACCAAAUGUUAGCGGUGGCCAAGGCGUUCAUCGGAGACGCCGCGCACAUUUCUCGUCUCGUCGGCAAGGACCGAGUCUGCCUCUUGGAACGGGAAGUCCACAGCGGUAACGUGCCCCAACUCUGCAGUCAACACAGGGCCUCGUCGACGUGCCGAUUCUACCGCAAUUGGAAAGAGCAGCAUGGACCAGAGGCGCGUUUGCCCGACGUUAGGGACAUCGAGGACUUGGUGGAGAGUUGUGCUGCAAACGAUAUCUGCCCCUACUACGUCAACGAACAGUACUACGUAGCCAGGUCGAAAAUAGUGCUGGGUCCCUACAACUACUUGAUCGAUCCCUUCGUCCGUGUCCCCAAGGAACACGUCGCGUCCAAGCGUCACGUCUUUGUCCGUAGGAUCUCGCAUUCGCUCAAGGGUGACAAAGAGUUUUACAUGAAUUACAGCGCAUGCCAGAACGAAGAGCUACUCAAGGCCGUAGGUUCCGUCGUCUACGAGUCGACCAAGAUCCUGAAGAAAAAUGUCGGCGAAACAAAGGCUGGCGUCCUGUGCUUCUUCCCUUCUUACAAGCUACUUCAGACCUGUCCAGACGUGUGGCGCAAAGUGCCUCUAUGGCCCAAGUUGGUCAAGGUGGUCGGCGGGCAUCUGUUUCUGGAAGAUUCUGAAAACUCGGACCUCUUGUUCGAUAGGUACAAGACUGCGUUGAUUGACGGAGAGCCCGGCACGGUGGCCCUGUUUCUAGUCGUGCACAGAGGCAAAAUGAGCGAAGGCGUCGACUUCUCCGAUUCGCUGGCUCGACUCGUCGUAUCCGUGGGGUUACCCUAUCCGUCGUAUCACAGUCCGGACGUAAAGGUCAAGGUCGAGUUUAACCGCAGCAGGGGCGGAGACGGGGACGAAUGGUAUAAAACGCAGGCGAUGCGAGCGGUUAACCAGUCCGUGGGACGCUGCGUCUGCGAAGACGAGUCGUCCACCUUCAAAGACACGAAGAAAUCUUUGCUCGAGAUAAACUCGUUUUUGAACGGUCGUCUAUGA